AUGAAGGCCAAAUUGACGGCCGGCAAUCCCCCCAAGGACUCGUCGAAUAGCGCCGCAUACAAAGCUAUCAAGAAGCAGCCAUUGCACAGCGAUAUUGCCGUCGAGCGAUACCACCAUACUCUCGAGCAGCUCGAUGCGACGAACGCCAUCAGCCAAGCAAAGACGUAUCUGCAGCGCCAUCCGACCUCCACCGAAGGUGUUGAUCCCGACGACAAGCCCGCACGCCGGGCAGCAAUCUGCUCACUGCUUCAUUCGACACCAUCCGUGCCUAAUCCGCCCCAGCACUCUGUCAAGGUGACCGCACUGCGCACGCUGUCGUCUCCGAGAAUGCGGCACUUCAUGCACCGCCUCCCCAUGCUCCUGCGCAUGCUCCUCAGCCCGCUGUCGUACUUCCACCCCGUCACCAUCCGCUCCAUCACCGCCACCGCGUCCGGCGACUGGCUCAAAUCGCUGCUGGUGCAGACCAUCUUCAAGAGCCACGACGGCUCCGAGGUGGAGCUAGACCGCCUCCAGGACGCCAUCUCGUCGUGGGUAUCCGACGCCAACUUUACGGCCGCGCUGGGCACCAUGGCGGGCCAAGCGCAUGUCCCGCUGCUCUCCUCGUCCAACAUCUACUGCCAGAUGGCAUUUGACGGCGUCGUGGCGCACCGCGCGGCUCUGGCCCCGGAGACGACGAGCGUAUGCGAGGUUGUCAAGCUGCGCGGCGCGGAUGCCAGCUUCGCCGUGCCGACGUUUCUGCUCCCGCAUCACGAGCACAUCAUCCCCGACAAAAGUACAUCGCAAGCCGCUGCCGAUUCAUCGAACAGGGGCUGCACAGACGCGGCGGACGUUGAAGCCAACGGUGCAGACGAGACGAGCGACGACAAGACGGCAGUGAAGAUGGCUGUGCGCGCCCAUCUCCCGGCCAAGCUAGACCAGGACCUGCUGAACUUUGUCGCGCUGCUGGUCAAGCACGGCAAGCUUUUGGAAAUGGACCAGCCGGCGAGCCCGGUGGAGGGCGACGGCAAAGGGCUGGGCGACGCUGUCAAUCAGAAGAUGAAGGACGGCAUCAAAAAGGCAGUCAUGGGCGGGGAUCAGUGGCUCGCCAAGCUGGCUGGCAAGGGGCUGAAGAAGCUAGAGGUGGUCAAUGGAGAUGUCGGGUACAGCGGCGAUAUUCCCGUGGACUUGACAAAGUAUAGGUCGACGGGGUGGUUGGAGGUUGAAGGCGACAAGCUGUUACCAUGA